AGUCAAAACCCUACGAAAACCACGUUCAGUGUUCAGCUGCCAGAGCACUAGCGGUGAGGAAAAUGUGCGGAAUUGCGUUGAUCGUCUCAGGCAUUCGUGUUGACACCUCAUCUUUGCCCUUCGAUUCAACAAGCCCAACUCGCGUAACCGAGAAAUUAUCGUUCUCUUUAGAUGACCUGAAAGCAGCUCUGCGGAGAAGGGGUCCCGAUAGCGUGUGCGCCAAGAAACUUCUUCUGCAAUUAGGGCAAAGCCGAAUCUCGUCCUUCACAGAACAAGACGAUGACGUGUCUUGUUGCGAAUGCGACAACAUCCAAACCGCGAAACUUCAUUUCUUCGGUGCAACUCUGCAGCUCCGGGGGACUAUUCCGCUCGUUCAGCCACUGGUGGAUGCGUCUCGAAAUGUUCUCGUGUAUAACGGUGAGAUUUUUGGGGGACUUCACCUCGCUAGUGAUUGCAACGAUACUGAGUUUCUCAUGAGGACUCUAGGGGAGUGUUGCUCAUGUGGUUCUUGUGCAACUGGUUGCUGUGUUAAAUGUGGGAAAAGUUCCGUUGUGGAUGUUCUUUCUGCGAUUAAAGGACCCUGGGCUAUCAUCUAUUGGCAGGAUAGUUCGAGGACUCUUUGGUUUGGGCGAGAUGCAUUUGGUAGGCGGAGCCUCCUUGUUCACUGGCCUACGGAAGACGAUUCGACCUUUAUGCUUUCUUCUGUGUCACCUGUUUCACCGGUUCAGCAGGCCUCUGAUUAUGAAGCUCCUAAUGGGAUAGGAUGUCUUAGUUACUGGGAAGAGCUACCAUGUGGAAUAUAUAGUGUGCAUGUGGAUGCUUCAAAUUCAAGUGGAUAUCUGGUAGGUGAAGUCAAGAUACAUGAAUAUACAAACUCAAUGUUAAAUGAACUUAUCAAAUGGGAGAGAAUUUCUGUUGAACCAAGCUCCAAAGACCUACAGAUAUUCUGUCAUAAGUUAUCUAGGGAGCAACGAGCUAUGCAUCUGGCUUCUUCAGAGGCACUUCCAAAUGAAACAGGUGAUUAAUGUAUAACAGUGCCAGAAUGCUCCAUUUAGUUAUUCAAUUCUUUAAUUGCUGUUCUCAUACAUUGUAACUCUUUGGAUUCAAUUGCAUAGGCUGUGAUACCUGGUAUCAUGAAAGAGAAAUUUGUUCCUGUGGCAAUUCUUUUCUCCGGUGGUCUGGACUCUAUGAUACUUGCAGCAUUAUUGGAUAAAUGCCUGGAUCCCAGCUAUGAAAUCGAUCUACUUAAUGUAAGUUUUGAUGGUCAGUUAGCUCCUGAUAGAAAAUCCGCCAAGGCAGGGUUGAACGAACUAAGAAGAGUUGCGCCUUCCAGAAAGUGGAAACUUGUGGAAAUUGAUGCUGACUUGUCAGACUUGGUGUUUGAAACUAGACAUGUUAUGUCACUCAUAAAUCCUGCCAACACCUACAUGGACCUUAAUAUUGGAAUUGCUUUAUGGCUUGCUUCUGGUGGUGAUGGCUGGGUAUCUGAUGCAAAUAUAUCUGAUAAUGAUGACAACCAUGUAAGGAUUAAGUAUAAGUCGAAUGCAAAGAUUCUCCUUGUUGGUUCUGGUGCUGAUGAGCAGUGUGCUGGGUAUGGGAGACACAGAACAAGUUAUAGACGUGGAAGUUGGCUGGGGCUACAUGAGGAAAUGAGACUCGACAUGCAAAGAAUUUGGAGAAGAAAUUUAGGGAGAGAUGAUAGAUGUAUUUCUGAUAAUGGGAAGGAGGCUAGAUUUCCAUUCUUAGAUGAGGAUGUUAUAAGACUUCUGCUCAGUAUUCCAUUGUGGGAGGUUGCCAACCUUGAACAACCUUGUGGCAUUGGUGAUAAAAAGAUUUUAAGAGAGGUUGCUGAAUUGCUUGGUUUAUAUGAAGCAGCAGUUCUACCAAAACGAGCAAUCCAGUUUGGUUCAAGAAUUGCAAGGGAAUCAAAUCGGAAGAAUUUUGGAAGCAAUCGAGCAGCAAAUCAGGCGUCUGCUGGCAGUGUAAGGAUUUAUGGGAAAUCCAAUAUUUGUUGAUUCGUUUUGGUUUUGUCUCGUGGUACACUUCUUUUUCUAACCCAGAUCAACAAUAGAGGUUGUUGUUUGAAACUGCGUGCCUAUAUAUACGAUUAAGAAAUUGGAUUGCAUCGUGGUACUUCUUGACAUAUGAUGCUAGGUGGUAACCCUAGAGGUCUCCUUAACGCCAAAACUUCUGCGCGCUUGACCUCAAACGUGCUUAUCGAUCACUUUUGAUCUAGUCUUGACUGGACGUGAUUGUGAAAUUAAUUGUAUGAAACAAGGUUGUGAUGUUUUUUUUUAUGAACAACAAUGUAAUUAUAAUUUUUUUAAAUUAAAUUACCGAUUAUUCUUUUGAA